AUGGGCAUCAUUAAACGUUUCUAUCACGUUACGAUAGUUGAUCAGAAGUGGACAAUUAGCUUCACUAAAACAAGUCUCUCCAAUAUCUAUCUAUCUAUCUAUCUAUCUAUCUAUCUAUCUAUCUAUCUAUCUAUCUAUCUAUCUCAGUCUCUCUUCAUAUCUCAGCCUCUCUUCCUAUCUAUCUAUCUAUCUAUCUAUCUAUCUAUCUAUCUAUCUAUCUAUCUAUCUAUCUAUUUCAUUUCUACAUUAUCCAUCUAUCUAUCUGUCUAUCUGUCUAUCUAUCUCUGUCUGUUCAAAUCUAUCUUUAUGUUCUUUGUUAAAUUUCCGUUCUUUUUUUACGUCCUGAUUUUUGUUUAUUCUUGCUUUCCUACAAUUUCUCUUUCUUUCUUUCUUUCUUUCUUUCUUUCUUUCUUUCUUUCUAUUUGCCACGGGCUUUUCUUUCUUUCUUUCUUUCUUUCUUUCUUUCUUUCUUUCUUUCUUUCUUUCUUUUCAGUCCAUUUGUUCUCUUCUUUUCACCUCUGGCCCUUCUUUCUUUCUUUCUUUCUUUCGUUCUUUCUUUCUUUCUUUCUAUUUGCCACGGGCUUUUCUUUCUUUCUUUCUUUCUUUCUUUCUUUCUUUCUUUCUUUCUUUCUUUCUUUCUUUUCAGUCCAUUUGUUCUCUUCCUUUAACCUCUGGCCCUUCUUUCUUUCUUUCUUUCUUUCUUUCGUUCUUUCUUUCUUUCUUUCUUUCUAUUUGCCACGGGCUUUUCUUUCUUUCUUUCUUUCUUUCUUUCUUUCUUUCUUUCUUUCUUUCUUUCUAUUUGCCACGGGCUUUUCUUUCUUUCUUUCUUUCUUUCUUUUUCUUUCUUUUCUUUCUUUCUUUCUUUCUUUCUUUUCAUCCAUUUGUUCUCUUCCUUUAACCUCUGGCCCUUCUUUCUUUCUUUCUUUCUUUCUUUCUUUCUUUCUUUCUUUCUUUCUAUUUGCCACGGGCUUUUCUUUCUUUCUUUCUUUCUUUCUUUCUUUCUUUCUUUCUUUCUUUCUUUCUUCUGACAGUUUCUUUUCUUUUUAUCAAUUUUUUCUUUCUUUUGAUUAUGAACCUAUCUGUCUUCCUCCUUUUUUCCUUCUCGCUAGUUCUUUCUUUCUUUCUUUCUUUCUUUCUUGCUUUCUUUCUUUCUUUCUUUUCAUGGAAGUGAUCGAUAUUCCCACCAUCCCUGAUGCUUUUAUUCGGCUUGAUCGGCAGCUUCCAGAUGGCAUUAAUUCAAGAACAAAUCAGUGUUGCUAG